AUGAAUCAAGCCUCGACCUCGGAUACUAUCAAAUUCCUAUACAGUUACGGAGGCAGAAUUGUUCCCCGAUUGACUAAAGGGCGUGACGGCAUGCUAUGCUACAGUGGUCAUACUAGAAUCUUAUCAGUCAAUCAGUCCAUUUCAUCUUCAGAGUUGAUGGUGAAAUUUGGAGACUUGUGUGGGCAUUUGGUCAAUCUAAAAAUUCCAAUAUGCAAUUAUCAGGCAUUUGCUGUUUCAAGUUUGGGACGAGGACGAGGACGAGGACGAGGCGGCGAUGAACUUUCUUCAUUUCUUGUUCUAUUUACUUAUAUUUUUAUUUCUUAA